AUGAGUUGGUUCAAUAAUAUAUUCAGACAAAGUAUAAAACCUGUAGCAAUGUCAUUAUCACCAAGCACUGUUGGAGCCGCAACUCCCGUAUUUUUCCUUUCCCAUGGUGGUCCGACGUUCAUGUAUUCCGAAAAGGAUAAGGACAUCUUUGGGGGAGAUUUUGGCGCUUUCCAAACUGUCGCAAAUGUUGGCCAAACAAUUAUUCAGGAUAUCAAACCCAAAUUUAUUGUAUACGUGAGUGCUCAUUGGCAAUCCAAAGCUGACAAUCUAAUUGAAGUUGCUGUCCCGAAAAGUUUACAACAAGGUUUACAAAACGAGUUGAUUUAUGAUUUCUACGGAUUCCCUGAGUACAUGUACCACGAAACCUUCCGCUCAGAGAAUGAUUUGUCACUUGCUAAGGAGAUAGUCAAUACUAUCAAUCAUUCAGAAACAGGUUUAAGGGCCAAAUUGACGGAACGUGGCAUUGAUCAUGGGGUGUGGGUCCCAUUGAAAGUGGCAUUUCCUAAUGAUGAGCUAGUGCAACAUAAUAUUCCAUUGGUGCAAGUUUCAUUGACCCGUAACGAUCUCGAUUUUGAUAGUCAAUACAAAUUGGGUCAAAUUCUUUCAGAAUAUCGUUCUAAGGGUGGUAUAGUUUUAACAAGUGGAAUGAGUGUCCAUAAUUUACGUGAUAUGGGAUCUGCUGGUAGCAAACAUUACAGUGAAGAAUUUACGUCAGUUCUCAACGAUAUCCUAUUAACGAAGCAGCAUAAUAAACUGGAUAAAUUCAAGGCGUUUUUUACUGAUGGUAAGAGUAAGGAGCUAUUGUUUAAAGCUCAUCCAACUUUGGAUCAUUUCGUGCCUAUAAUUGUAGCACUUGGCGCUGCGGAACCUACAGAAGACGAUUUAAAUGUUAAAGAAUUGUACAACAAAUGCCAAGGGAGCCUUGGAUGGGGCAUAUACCAAUUUGGUGAUCUGUUAUGA